UUGAGUAUGUCGAAGAUGGCCAUUUGGUGGAGUGGCCGGAGGUACAUUGUCUGAUGUGCCCGGGGGAUUGUUGGCCGGAGAGGCCGGUGGAUUUGCAGAGCUGCAACAAAGUCCCAUCGGGUACGAGCCUACAGCAGAGCACUAGCUAGUAGAGUGGUGACUGACGGUGUGUCCCAAAGCAAGCUGUUCGUAAAGGGUAUUUAUGGAUGAUACCAGACUCAGAGGUGUCACCCAAGCGACUACCUGCCCCGGCUACUCCAUGUGUUCACAUCAUGAGAUGGUUUCCUGGGAGAAGAGUUGGGCCCUGUUUGGUUCCUACUACUACAUGUGUUUCGAGUGCCACGGUCCCGGCAGGGUUAAUGCCACCCUAGCACGCCCUGGGUUUAAGGUUUGAAAAUAUUAAGUGGGUGUCUACAUGCACCGACAGGGAGAGAUUCCUUUCACUUUCAAGGCUGUCGUAUGAACUAACCAUGUGAUGUGCUAAGUGUAACCUUUGUUCCAUUUUCACAGGAACCUUGCGCGUAAUCCGCGCAACCCUCAACAACUCGAUUGCAAGGCACCUUCCUGGCAACUUACAGCUCCAUAUUUUACAGGCCAGCUUCAAAAAGUACAUCCAGAUAAUUCAGACAGUAUUAGCAAAUCUGGUGAGCAGGUAUCCAAUGUUUUAAGUGACCGGACAAAAAUCCAGUGCAGGUCCUAAUCAGAUGGUAUCACAACCUUUCAAGGAAUUUAUGGCGAGGCACCUUCCUGACAGCUCCUUGCUCCAUUUUACUACUAGUUUGCUUAAACAAUUGCUUCCAAACAAUUCGGACAGUAGUAGAAAACUCAGGUGAGCACCAAAAGCAUCCGAUGCAUCUUCCUAACCCCCUACCAGCUACCAUAUCCUGGGGACACCAAAAACACGUGUGCCAUUCUAAGUUAGGUGUGGCACCAUAUAUAAUGCUUUCCCUUGAAAACGAAACGGACAGCUUAGGUCGAGUUGUAAGCAAGAGUAAUGGCCUCCCGGGUCUCCUCCCUCUAGGUCUUGUUUGGCUUCUCUCCAUCUUCACCAACAUUUGCAGCCAGCCAAUAGCCAUCUCCAAUGAAACUGAAAGCGAUCGACAAGCUCUCCUUUGCAUCAAGACCCAGCUCUCUGAAGCUCCGGUUUUCACUGCAUGGAGCAAUGCAUCAUUGGAGUUGUGCAACUGGCGUGGGGUUACUUGCAGUGCACGGUCGCCUCAUCGCGUCAUUGAGCUAAACAUGGCAUCACAAGGCAUUAGGGGCGACAUACCAACUUGCAUUGCCAAGCUUAGCUCCCUUAGAAAGCUCCAACUAUCAAACAAUAGCUUACAUGGUGUCAUACCAUCUGAGCUCGGACUCCUCAGCAAACUCAGCAUCCUGAACCUCAGCAUGAAUUCCUUGGAAGGUAAUAUCCCAGCUGAACUCAUUUCAUGUUCCCAACUUCAAAUACUAGAUUUGUCAAGCAAUUCCCUCAGCGGUGAGAUCCCACCUAGCCUAAGUCAAUGCACUCAUCUUCAAGAGAUUAACCUUAGCAGCAACAAGCUCCAAGGUAGAAUCCCAUUUGCUUUUGGGAAUCUUCCUUGGUUGCAAAUCUUAGUUCUUGCUGGAAACAGGCUUAGUGGCACCAUACCGCCAUCUUUGGGCAGCAGCCUUUCUCUCACACAUGUAGAUCUAGGAAGCAAUCCUCUCAUGGGGGGUAUCCCAGAGUCUUUAGCGAAGAGUCCAUCUCUCCAAAUACUUAGGCUCAUAAGCAAUAAUCUUGCUGGAGAAAUCCCAAAGGCACUCUUCAACAGCUCAUCGCUUAUUGUUAUAUGCCUCCAAAAGAACAACUUACUUGGUUCACUACCACCUUUUAUUGCUCCCUCUCCGCCGUUAAAACAUCUUAAUUUAGGGGACAAUCAUCUCUCAGGAACAAUACCUCCCUCAAUAGGGAACCUUUCCUCCCUAAUUACCCUUUAUCUGAACCAGAAUAAAUUAGUUGGUAGCAUCCCACAGAGCAUAGGUAAUGUUCCCACACUGGAGAAAGUGAAUCUGAAUAUAAACAGCUUGUCUGGGACAGUUCCACCAUCUCUCUUCAACAUGUCAUCCCUAAAAUAUCUUGGCAUGGCAAACAACUCACUAAUUGGAAAAUUGCCUUCUGAUAUUGGCUACACACUACCAAACAUUCAGGACUUAAUCCUCCCAGGAAACAAAUUUGAAGGACCACUCCCAACCUCUCUUCUCCACGCAUACAACCUUCGAUGGCUUUACCUAGCUAAUAACUCGCUAACUGGGUUCAUUCCGUUCUUUGGGUCACUGCCAAAUUUGGAGGAACUUGAUCUUUCAUACAACAUGCUAGAAGCAGACGACUGGGGUUUUCUCUCUUCACUCUCAAACUGCUCCAGAUUAACUACACUGUUGUUGGAGGGGAUGAAUCUCCAUGGGAAUUUGCCAAGAUCCAUUGGAAAACUUUCGAUUAGCAUGAAGGAGUUGUGGCUAAGAAACAACAAGAUAUCUGGGCCUAUACCACCAGAGAUUGGCAAUCUGAAGAACCUCAAUACAGUGUUCAUGGAUUAUAAUCUUUUCACUGGAAAUAUACCAUCAACAAUUGCAAAUUUGCACAGCUUGGUUUAUUUAGCCUUGGCUCAAAACAAUCUGACUGGCCAAAUCCCUGACACUAUUGGUAACCUUGUUCAGCUGAAUGAUCUAAAAUUGGACGGGAACAACUUGAGUGGAGGGAUACCUGCAACUCUUGGACAAUGCACUCAACUCAAAAUACUCAACCUUGCUCACAACUCUUUGGAAGGGAGUAUACCAAGUAAAAUCUUCAAAAUUUCUUCACUUUCUGAAGAAUUAGACCUCUCGCAUAAUUACUUGUCUGGGGCAAUACCAGAGGAAGUUGGAAAUCUGAUUAACCUGAAUAAACUGAGCAUCUCAAACAACAGGUUAUCUGGCACCAUCCCAUCCGCUCUUGGCCAAUGCAUGCUUCUAGAGCAUCUUGAGAUGCAGAGUAACUAUUUUGAAGGAAGCAUUCCACAAUCCUUUGCAAAAUUGGUGGGCAUCAUUGAAAUGGAUAUAUCUCAAAACAACUUGUCUGGAGAAAUCCCAGAGUUCUUCGCAUCCUACCAUUCUCUACAUCAUAUUAAUUUAUCCUUCAAUAACUUUGAUGGAGCAGUUCCAAGGGGUGGAAUUUUUGACAUUGCUGGUGCAGUGUCCAUUGCUGGAAAUGAUCAUUUGUGUACAAAUAUUCCAAUACAACGCAUGCCUCUUUGCUCAACAUUCAUUGACAGGAAAGUGAAACAUAAGUUCUUGGUUCUGGCACUAAAGAUAACAAUACCAAUUGCUGCUGUUGUUAUUACUACUUAUUCCUAUCUGGCAACAAUUCAUUGCAGGAAGAGAAUGCAAGCAAAGCCACAAACAUUGCAUGAGCACAUGAAGAAGAUAACAUAUAAAGACAUUGUGAAGGCAACAGAUAGGUUCUCUUCUGCUAACUUAAUUGGGUCGGGGUCAUUUGGAAUGGUUUAUAAGGGCAAUUUAAAUAAUCAGGAAAAUGAAGUUGCCAUCAAGAUUUUUAACCUUGACAUAUAUGGGGCCCACAGGAGCUUUGUUGCAGAGUGUGAAGCCCUAAGAAAUAUCCGUCAUCGAAAUCUAGUAAAAAUCCUUACUGUAUGCUCUUCGGUGGAUUAUAGUGGGGCAGAUUUCAAGGCUCUGGUGUUUCAGUACAUGCCGAAUGGGAGCCUAGAAAUGUGGCUACAUCCAAAGGACCAUGCCCAUGGUGAAAGAAAGAUUCUGAAUUUGAGUCAAAGAAUUAAUAUAGCCUUGGAUGUAGCAUCUGUUAUGGAUUAUCUUCAUAAUCAAUGUGCAUCUCCGCUAAUACACUGUGACCUGAAGCCAAGCAAUAUUCUGUUGGACCUUGACAUGGCUGCAUAUGUCAGCGACUUUGGUCUAGCAAGGUUUCUAUGCAUAAGAGAUGCUGGUCAAGAUUGUUCAGAAAGUUUGGCUUGCCUAAAAGGAUCCAUCGGAUACAUCCCACCAGAGUAUGGCAUGAGAGAAGUGAUAUCAACCAAGGGCGAUGUCUAUAGUUUUGGAGUGCUCCUAUUAGAAAUGAUAACUGGGAGUAGCCCCAUUGAUCAAAAGUUCACUGAUGGUACAAACCUGCAUAGCUUCGUGGAUAGAGCAUUUCCAAAGAAGACUCAUGAGAUCAUUGAUCCAGUGAUGCUACAAGACGAAGUCGAUGUAACGGAAACCAUGAAGAGCUGUAUCAUUCCAUUGGUAAGAAUAGGACUCUCUUGCUCCAUGACAUCACCUAGAGAGCGACCUGGAAUGGGACAAGUUUGCACUGAAAUCCUCAAGAUCAAGCAGACGUUAUCAAACUCACAUGCUGAAUGAAACAGAAUGGUGAGACUGCUGGUAGUUGUGGAAGCUACAGCAUAUGUAUCACUAUACAAAAUGGUACUUCAUGCUAGGCUUCUGACCUUUUUUGCAUUCUGUAUGGUUUCAUAUUUGCCUUAGUUUGCAGAAAUACAGCAGUUAGUUAUGGUGACAACUGGCUUCUGCAUAAAUCGUUAAUGUUCUAACCACUAAGUGAUGUUUUGCUGCUAACCUUUUGCAUUCGCCAAAUUCGCCUUAAUUUGCUUACCCCUAUUUUGGCACCUGCAGCUAAUGUCAUCUUGGUUUUUUUUC